UGCAGCGCAGGCGCAGAGAGCGCCCCCGCCAGGAGCACUGGGAGAUGGAGUCCAGGCUCCUCCAUUUUGGCCCGGGGCCCUUCGAAAGAGACUGAGCAAAUUGCAGAGACGUUUGUGAGAGGUGCAGAGUUGGGAAGGAGCAAGUUUAUCGAUUUCCGUAUGCUCAUUAACAUAAAAAUUAACAGUACCUUGUACUUUCUCAAACAUUUUUCCAUAUCUCUUCCCCCUUUUUCUUACUAUCACCUCCUCUAAUUUACAAAUGAGAAAAUUAAGCUUAAGGAGGGAGGAAAGCCCCAUGAACUAGGAACUAGUCAACAUCAUAGAAGCUUCGCGAGGACAGGCACCUUUGUGUAUCUCAUUCGAGCACCCAGAACAGUGUAAAUAAGUGUUGUGUAAUAUUUAUUACACCAGACACCCCCAGGCAACCCAAGUAUUACCCCCAAACUUGUAAAAGUUAAGUCAAAAAGAGAUGAAACCUCUGCUCCACAGCAACACGGCAAGAAAGUGAUUUGAAUUGAAGUGUGUUGGGCGUGAGGGCCUCUUUUCUCCACUAAGUUGGUAGAUCGCUUUCCGUUAAGCUGUUUCCCAGUCCUCCCUCAUCGGCCCUGAGAAAGAGCUUCCGAAAACAGAGCAUUUGCUCUAUCAAGGAACACAGAUCGCCGUGAGGGGACCUGCUACUCAGGGCCAAUCCCAAUGGCCCUCCUCUUUGAAUCUUAACUUAUGGCUCUUUAAUGUAAAGAUCCUGCUUCACUAGCUUCUCAAGGUCUGUGAGCCUUCCCGAUCACACUGGGAAGCCCGCGGUGAAAUUCCCAACUUCCAGCAUGAUCCUUGGCACAAGAUGUGGGGUUCCAGCAGACACUUGUAUUCCCUUGGAUGGCCCAGAGCCAGUUCCCUGGGUUCCAGUGACAGGAGGCAGAGGAAGAAUCACACCAGCAAACUCCAUGAGUUGGCAUUGCUGUUGCCUGUGGCCCUGAAGACGGGCACCAAGAAGCUCACGAAGAAGGAGAUUCUGCUGCAUGUCCUGCAUUACAUCCAGCACCUCCAGAGAAGCAUUGAUGUGGCCAAGACCUUGCUCAAAUUCCACACCACCAAUGGGGAAGGUGGACUCCGGGGGCUGGGUCGGAACUGGGGCUCAGGCCCUGCACGGCGGAGACAUUCCACCCCCUCGAGCUCCCCACAUUCUCGCAAGUCCCGUCUUCAGGGAGCCUGUCGGAAACCCCGCAAGAAGAAACCCACUGGAUUGUCAGAAGGCCAGAGCCGGGCCCAGAACCCGCGCCGCUGUCUGGAUCUGGACAAGCUCAAGAAGUGGGUGGCCCUGUCUCCAGAGCAGCAAGGAAGGAACACGGGGGGGACUGUCACCCCUUCAAGACAUGCCAGCUCCUGCUGUCACCCCAAAGUUGCAUCAUCGCUGCCUCAAAGUGACAGGAAGGGAGGACGGUCCCGGCUGACGCUGCUGGACAUGGCUGAGAACAGCAGCCACUGUGACUGCUCAGGUUGCUGUUGCCGAGUCAGUGCCCAGGGUGAUGGGCUCUACCAAGCCUUCAAGGCCCAGCAAGGGGCUGAGCGGAUCCACUUUCUCAACAGGACCCAGCCCUGUCCCAGGCAGAAGCUGGUGUUCUAUGAUUCCAGCGAGGAUCUGGACAAGGAGUCCCCAGAUGCUGACCCUUGGCUUCCUGCCUGGACCCCGGAGGGCAGCCCCCCUGGGAGCCCGCUGGCCUUGGGGCCUCCCCAAAUCAACAGCUGCACCAUGUCAGGCCACCCGAGUGCGAUCCUAGGGCUCAGCCCCUCCCUCUUCAGCUCCCCGGGAAAGCUGCUUCCAGAGCAGAUCCUGGGGGAUGGCACGGAGUUCCUGACCCAAGCUCUCUUCGAGGACGUUUUCCUGGACCCCGAGUCUUCGCCUACUGGUGGCGUGCUUGAGGGACUCCAGGACGAGGAGAUGCCCCCAGCGCCGCCCGAAGACCCCGCUGACUCCCACAGCCUGUGCCAGUCCUCCGUGUCACUGGACCACUGCUACCUGUCGCUGAGCGAGAACAGCAAGGCGCCGUCCGGCUCCAGCUCCAGCUGGGAGGGCUCAGAGGCCGAGUCGGUGUGGAGGCGGCAGGAGGACGCUCAGGCCAACCCCAAGGGCCGGCUGUCCUCCAGCGACGAGGACGGGGACUACACGUGGACCCCCACGCGGCGGGCCGCCAGCCUGCCCGCAGCUGGGAGGAAGGUCAGGAAGGGCCCCGCGAAGCUCAAGGAAAACAAGAAAGCCUCCUGCCCGACCCAGACGAAGAAAAAGUGCGUCAACGGCUUUAUCAUGUUCUGCAGGAUGAACCGGAAGCAGUAUAUCCGAGCCUGUCCCGGGACUGCUUCCACAGCCGCCACCAAGGAGCUGGCCCAGCUGUGGCGGGUGAUGACCCAGCAGGAGCGGAGACCUUACUGCAUCAAAGCCCGCAGGUUUAGCCUCCAGCACAACCGGAUUGUGAAGCAGGACAGCUCCAGCAGCGAGGACGAGGACUGGGGGACCCCCAAGCCCUUCUACCAGCUGCUGGCCGAGAAGGCCCGCCGUUCCCCAGACCUGGCCCCUCUGCUGCCCCCUCAGCACCACUGAGAGGGUAACCCUGCCGCACCCCUCCUCCCUCCUGGGCCUCACCCCUCCCAGAGCAGGCUGGGAGGAGCCGUCCUAAUGGUCCCCACUGCUAUGUGCGUUUGCCUGGUGUUGGGGCAACCGGAACUGCCUGCAGACCCCACUGCCCUGCCUGCAGCCCUUCCCUUGCCUGGGUGCCUUAGGGAGCCGUGGGGUGGGAGGAGGGGAGCCUUGAGUGAAAGGUAGUUAAGGUGCGGUUUGUGGGCCAAGGGGCUCGCUCUGCCCUUCCACUGGCCACCCCAGGACCCGGUGGUUUCAACCCUGUUCUUACCUCACCCCACUCCUCCGUCCCCUGUUCUAUUUAUAGAUUAUUUAUUGUUUGCAACAAAAUAAAGUGGGACCUUGU